AUGGCCUCGCAGCCCGACCCAGAGACGGGGGGAGCAGCGUCCCCUUCCAACAGUCUUGGCAUCGUCGUCGAGAGGAACCCACCUGAGAGUCGCCUCUUGGAAUUGGGCGUCAGGUCGUGGCCCAAGUAAGUUCUCUCUCUCUUUCUCUCUCCCCCUCUCCCCCUCUCUCCCUCUCUCCCUCUCUCCCUCUCUCUCUCUCUCUCUCUCUCUCUCUCGCUGUCUUCUGAGAUAAAGCACGGUUCCAUUACCCUUCUAAGAGCUCUCCAUCCCUCUUCCUUCUCUCCGCUGCCUUGUUGCAGGUGGGGUUGUCCGCCAGGGAGCUUCCCCCUCAAGUUCGAAGCGGAGGAGACGUGCUACCUCCUCCGGGGGAAGGUGAAGGCCUUCACCAAAGGCUCCUCCGACUUCGUGGAAUUCGGCGCCGGCGAUCUCGUCGUCAUCCCCAAGGGCCUCAGUUGCACCUGGGAAGUCUCCGUCGCCGUCGACAAGCACUACAAGUUUGAUUCUUCGGACAGAUAA